AGAUGUUGAAGCGGUAAGUAUUGACACAAAGGAUGAAUUAAUGAUAGAAGAGUUUUUUGAUAUGGGUGCUUUUGAACGAAGUCAAAAUAUUAGUACUGAAAGUUCAGAUACUCAUCUUCAAAAUGCUGCUAUCAGUACUGAAGAUUGGUCAAUUGAUGAUAUUUUUUAA